UGCUGACAGUUCAAAAUUUCAAGAUGGCGGAAGGAGAACAUGUUCACGGGAAAGAGGAGGCCUUCAGUCCUUUCUCCAUCAUGGCUAACAAUAGCAUUAUUGACUUUUGCCGGACAUCACUGGCAUCUAUGGCAGGCAUAUGCGCUGGUAUUCUUGGUCUGACAGGUCUUAAAGGCUUCAUCUUUUAUUUUAUAGCUUCUUUCUUCAUGUCAAUUCUAAUUUGUUUAAAGGCAGGCACCCAGUGGAGAAAAUUUUUCUUCUCAUGGUGGGAUCUCAGCACAUCAGGAAUCUUUGGAGGAAUAUUUACAUACCUAUUAUUUUGGACGUUUUUGUAUGGAAUGGUUCAUGUCUACUAACACAAGCAACAAACAUUGACAGGAGGAAGAAUUUUGAGUCACAUGCAAGAUGGUGUAGAAGAAAAAGCAUUCACCAAGCAAUUGUGCUUUUGUUGUGCCUUAGUUUCUACAUGUACAGGAGAAAUUACUCAAGACUGAAUAUUUUAUCGUUUAUAAAACUUAUUUCAACAUCAGGAUCGAACAUUAGUCGACGGUUUUUUCCGCGGAUUCUCAUUGAAAUUUUCCGUAGAUCGCCCGAUUCUUUGUUAUCGAAUCAGAACUAAUCACGAGCGCUCCGAAAGUGUUAUCGUUAGUGAUUCGGCAGCUGUUUAUUACGUUAUUUCUGAUAGCAACAUCCUUGCCGAAAAUUUAAGAGACGAGAUUCCGAAAAUGUGUUAAUAGCUUCCUUGAAAGAUUGGAUUUGACUUGAACCAAACGUUUAUAUUGUUUAGAUAACUUUACAAAUUCUGGACGUGAAACGUUAGUUGUAAGACCUCUUUUUCACGUGAUAACCUGUUUUACAUGUGGAAGUUGCAGUUUGUUUUUUAUUGAAUAACGUUAAAAAGGAUAAUAUAUAUGCCUUGUUGUUUGGCAGUUCUCUGAGAUGUGCCUCAAGUUAAGACAGACGAGAAAUUCAAUGAUCGUAAUAAUCACAUAGAUAUUUAACUUGUUACAAACAUGUACCGUGUUCUUUUUCUUUUUGUUUUCUCUUUCGCAAAGCAAUAAGGUGGCCACACCAACCUGAAACAAUACAAACAAGAAGGCUUUGUUGAACAUCGCAUAGGAUUACUUUCCAUUCUGCCUGUGAAUAUUGAAUGGGGGAAGUAGUUUGUCUAGCGCAUCUAGAAAUAGAUGGACAAAAGAGCUGUAACGAAACUAAGAUAUACUUCCUGCUGUACAGAUGAUAGGAUCGUAAACUAUAAACUGCCUGAAAAUGUACGUUAUGUCAGUUCUGCUCAAUAAAAGACGUGUUUUGUAUCAUU